AUGACACUUCCAAGAUUUGAUCAAAUUCGACCAAAAGUUGAAAAACAUAUCAGAGAAGUCAAAGAUUUCCCAAAGAAAGGAAUCAACUUCAGGUAAGUGUUUGAUAUUCAAAAUAAAAAUAAGUAUCGAAGUAUUUUAGAGAUAUCAUGCCACUUUUUGGAGAUCCAGCAUUGGUAAAUGAAUUAUGUGUUGUAAUUGCUGAUCAUAUUCGACAUACAACUGGACAAAUUGAUUCUGUUGCUGGGUUAGAAGCUAGAGGUAAUUAAAAACUUUAAAAUUUGUUUUUAAAAAAACCUUUAAAAAAAUGAAUGAACAUUAAAAAAUUUUUUGAGCAGACAUCAAUUUUUGAAACUUUCAAAAACCUACUCACAAUACUUUAAUAUUUUUAUUUUUCCUGAUACUAGAUCGGUCUUUUCUCAUACUAGGUUUUCACGGAAACAUUUGUUAGACGAGUUAUGGACUUAGGGUCAAGUCUGAAGAUUUUUCGAAUUUUGGAGGACGGCUCAGAGAGACGUUUACUGAUUAAAAAAUAUUUUUUCGUUUCUGAAAAAAGUCAAGAAGUAAAAAUAAUUUUUUAUUGGGUUUUUCAGAAAAAAAAAGUCAAUAAUUUUUAAUCCCAAAUUUUGAAUUGAAAAGUUCUUUGUAAAUAAAGAAUAAUAAAUUUUCAGGCUUUCUUUUUGGUCCUCAAGUUGCUAUUCAACUCGGUGUUCCUUUUAUUCCAAUUCGAAAACAAGGAAAACUCCCAGGUUCAACAAUCAAUGCGUCUUAUAUCAAAGAAUACGGAGAAGAUCGAGUUGAAAUCCAAGAAGGAGUUAUUAAAAAUGGAGAUCGAGUAUUUCUAAUUGAUGAUUUAUUGGCAACCGGUGGAACAUUAAGAGUUAGUUGUUUUUUAACCUUCAUUCAAAUAAUCCACCUAUUUUAUUGAAGGCGGCUGCAGAUUUGGUGAAAAAAGCUGGUGGACAGGUGGCUGAAGCAUUUGUACUUAUCGAAUUAUCGCCAUUAAAUGGAAGAAGUAAAUUGGAAGAUGUCAAUUUGACUGCUCUCAUUUCUUAUGACACUGCUUGA